AUGUCUUUGAGUCCUUAUAUAAACAAAAAAGUCCUCGUCAUCACCGUUGACGGUCGCACUCUCCUCGGCACCCUCCUCUCAACAGACCAAUUAACAAACCUCGUCCUCACACAGACCGUCGAACGAAUAAUCCGCACACCAGAUGACCCCGAACCAAGCUCUGAGAUUGAGCAUGGCCUCUAUCUGAUUCGUGGUGACAAUGUGGUUGUUUGCGGUGAAGUGGAUGAAAGUAUUGAUAAUGAUAUCGACUGGACCAAGGUGAAAGGGGAGGUCAUUCGGGACACGAAGAAUGUUUAA